AUGAUCCAAGAGCCACAUCCUCGCUAUGAUCCAAAUGCACCAGGAGCAGUGGUAAUGAAACGACCCAGCAUGAAGCAUCAGCAAUUAUUUGGACGAGGUUUACCUGUGGUAGACGUGGUAUUGGAUCCUGAACUUGCGCGUAUUUUGCGACCACAUCAGAUCGAGGGUGUAAAGUUUAUGUAUGAGGCAGUGACAGGCAUGACCUCCGUGGAUUACGGUCAUGCAUCUACGGGGCAAGGUGCCAUCCUGGCAGAUGAAAUGGGGCUCGGCACGGUCGAAAAGCUGUUGAAGGUGAUGGGCGUAGUGAAGUGGAACGUUUUGUCUCUGGGCGACAGUAUCAAAUCUUGA